UGAUUCGCCCAACGGCUUAGCUCCCGAGGCGGUAGAUAUCGUAGUCCACCAGCCAAAUCUAAGUGACUUGUGAGCUCAAAAAAAUAUGAGUGAUUCGCAUUGACGACAUACCUACAGAAUGGACACCAUGAAUAACGUAUUGGAGGUUCUCAAGGAUUCUACAAUCGCCUCCAAGGAUGGCAAGGACGUCCGCUCUCGUUUCUGGACGAUACACAAAAGAGUCGCAGAGGAACACGACGGCGAGUUCCUUGAGCGAUACACAAGCGAUAUGGACAUUGUUUUAGUCUUCUCCGUUCUUUUCUCCGCCGUUAGCACAUCUUUCAUCGUAGCAAUGGAGUCUAGCCUCAGUCCCGACCCCAGCGACACCACAAAUGCCCUUCUCACGCAGCUCGUGCAAAUCGGGUUCGGCAACAUUGAUGCAGCUGGCAUAGAGCCCGUAGCGCCAGCAUCUGCGUGGUCGCCGCCCAUGUCGACUGUAAGGAUCCAAGCGAUCGCAUAUGCAAGCUUGUGCCUGAGCUUGCUCGCUGCAUUCGGUGCCAUGCUAGGAAAACAGUGGCUCGGGUACUACAAGUCGAGCAGAUAGGUCGCGGCUCGCCAGAGCAACGAGGGAAGCGCAGACAAGAGAAAUUUGAAGG